GGGCAAAGUGAUGUUUAUACCCAGUGGAGGGAAACUCUUUGGGAAGUUUCAUUAAGUUUUUAUUGCAGAAAUGCUACUUAGAUGUGAAGGAAACAUUCUGUAGGUUUGUAAAGAGCAAGAAUUUUAAAUUAUCUUGUUUGCUACUCUGUGUGAUCUUCUUUUUGCUGGCUGCUUGUUUGGGGUUUUUUUGGGGUAGUACACAAUUAAAAACACAGCUUGGCCUAGGAGUUGCAAUCUCUCAGGCUCUAUACUAUCACUUUUCCUUAUACAGAGCUCAGUUUUGCAGCCCGCUAAGCUGGUUGAGGUCCAUAAGCCGUAUUACAUUAUAAAUAUUUAUUUGAUAAUCACAUAACUUUUAAAAGUUUUUUUUAUUUCUUAUUUAUGUUAAUGCAUCUAAAAUGAGGAAGGCUCCUAGAUUUUCACUAGACCAGAAAGAUCAGGUUGUAAAUGAUCGUAGAGAGUAAGAACAAACACAGUGUCACUUCAGAUAUUGUUCUGGUAUUAAUUUGGGUGGGGAGUUUGUUCAUGUCUUCCCUUAUUUCCAUCCUAAGAUGCGGGGUUUGGGAAGAAAAGAAAGAAAGAAAAGGGGAAAAGCAAACCUAAAUUGUUUUACUGCUAAGUUGUAUAAGGAUAAAGAGCAGCAAACGUUCUGUUAUGAGAUGGAUAUACUAGUUCUUGAAGUUGGAGGAAAAAAUACUUGACACACUGUAUUUAGCACGUGAAAUGUUUGAGAUCUUGUACAAAUAUUAAUGAAAUACUGUGAAUUACAUUCUAAGAUAAGUGGUGGUGUACUUGAUCAGUUGUUUAAAAAUCACUUGUGUGUGCCUUGAAUUACGGUGGUAGGAUAAAAAAAAAUGUUUUGUUAGCUCGUUAGUACAUUAGGACUUGAGCUGCUCUUAGUGUUCACUUGAGUAUAGUACAACCCAUUUGGUUUAAUGAGGUGUAAAAGUCAGGGAGCAGUAUGUAUUCUAUUCAGUUUGCUGCAACACCUAACUGCACUUAGUGGUUCUUAAGGCAAAUAUGUUUAGCUUUCAGGACUUUCUGUAGUAGCUGCUGACAGUUUUGCAUGGAGGCAUUCCAACAGAAAGACUCUUCUAAAUGUAUGGAGCUAAUCUUUGAUUUUACAGUAUCAGUUCUGUAUUUUCCACAAUGCAGCACUGCAAUGAAUAAUUCUUGAAAGGCACGUCUUCCUUGAUGGUUUAAAACCUAAGACGUGCAAUAAACUAAACAAGUGUUACUUAAUGAGAUUUCUUACCUUACCUUACCUUCAUAAAUAGCACUAAGACCUUUGAGUACAGUUAAAAUACUGCUGAUAAUCUCCCAUACUAGAAAUGUUUAUGAAACAACUCUGAUAGCAAAUUCACUAAGUCAAACUGAAUGCAAGUUUUACAGGAAUAGUUUGCAUUUGAAGUUAUUGUAUGCUUGCUUCAGGAAAAUACUUAUCCAAUUUUCCGGUCUCACAGUGGGCGUUUUGCUAUGUUUGAUCAGUUUUAUAUAUAGCAUGGUAGCUAUUGUAUUAAAAAACCCUUGAAAAACCAUGUAUUGUUUUUGGAAGUGUUCUUUUUCUCCUUUUGUUUACAAGAUAUUGUACUAUAUAUGGUGGCAUUUAGAAGGUAAAGAUUAAGUCACUGUAUACUAUAUGGCAAUGAAACAUUUGGUGCUAUUUGCUUUAAAUAAGCACUGAAGAAUUUAGAGUUUUCAGGAAGAGCAAGUGACAAGUUUCUGAUGCAAGUCAGCAGAGUAUCCGAGACUCUUGAUGCAUAACAAGGCAAUGCUGUAUGUUCUUUUUCCAGCACGGCGUUACUAAGUUGGUAUGUGACAGUAGCCUUAUUAUUGCAGGCUGGCUCAGCGCACGUUUUUGUGUAUGGCUUUUUUUUUGUGCUGGGGAGCCAAGGCCUCAAACCUCUUGUCUGCAUUGUGAACCAGCAGCCUUUGUACAGAAAAAUUUUCCCCAUGGUGUGAGAUGUCAUGCUUCUAGGCCAGCAGACCCAGCGAAGGAGGGGCUGAGUUGAAAUUGCCUAUAUUCGAACUUCAGCUUGAAACCUUCCACAAAGAAAUGUCGGUUAAAUCAUUUGAGAUCCAAUAGUUCUUUGGUGUCCUUCCUAAAAUUCCUCUCAAGGAUGGUGAGAAUUGGACCUAGCUGGGGGGAAAAAAAAAUCAAGAGGAAUGUCAGCAAGGAGAGCCACAGGCUCUCCCAGGCACAUGAGAGGGCAGGUGGUGAAGCAGUAAUGGUGCUGGUAGAGUUUUGCAUGCAUGUCUGGAAUAAACAAAUCCAGUCAGCAUUCUGCUAACUGCAGCAGAUGUAACUAGGAUCUUAUUUAACCCUUCAGCUAUGAUUCUGGUGUAAUCAAGUUUUGUUUCCGUAACAAGACCGCAGCCUAAAAUUAGUGUGAAAUUAAUGCUACUUUUCCUUGGCUAGAGUCGUGAUUAUCAUAUUCAACUUUCCACAUUUUUAUCUCAAUGUACUGACUCGAAGUCAGUAUGCUAGGAAAGCUAGGGACUUGGUUGACUGGCAGUAAUUCAGUAGAGGAAAACAUGAUAGAAUUGUGGAUAAUCAUUUUGAGAGAGAUUAAUUUUCCAUAUUUAAAUACACAUCUAGGAAAAACAUUGUGCUAACAGCUAGGGUAUACUCAGCCUCUCAGAGGCACCUCAUUUCUUAAAAUGCCCUAACCAAAUUGUAGAAAUGUUCAUGGUUCAUAACUUUUUUCUUUUUAAAAAAAUUAAUACUUCUACACAUGUGCAUGAAGUUCAUAUUCAGUUGUGUUCAUGCUGUUAAUUGAAAGGCUGGGGAAGGAAAAAGGGAAACGGGACACAUGAUACUUAGAGCUGAUGAGCGGACUAAGUAUAAAGUCAGAGUAGCAGGAAAGUAAUCAACUAGCUAGCUACAGACGUUGCUGAUGUCAGGCAAAAAGUAUAUUUUGCCCUCUGACGCUUAAGUCUGUUCUUGCUCUGUGUUACUCAUGUGUGUUAUUCAUCAUUAAAUAAUGUUAUCCAUUAUUUGGUUUCAGCGAUAAAACCAGUAAUGUAGAAGGCAAAGUAGUUACCAGUGCUGUUUUCUUUCAGAAGAGCAGUACAGUUAUCUAGGUGACUUGGUCUCUUCCACUAUGUUAGUCAGUCUUGUGUUGCAGACUGGUAAUGUUGGAAAUGUUAUGUAGUGUUCUUAAGCUUCAAAAAAUGAACAGGAGCAGUUGGGCACAGAGAUCUGUAUUAUAUUGUAUUCCAGGUGCUAAGAUUAUUAGGGUAAGUGUUUUUUACUAUUUAAACUACAAAAGUGGCACUAAAUGAGUAGUCUGAAGGAGAAGGCAGUUUCUGAGUUUAAAGAAAUUGCCUUGUCAUCAAAACUGAACUUAACUGUUGCUGUUGAGACGAAAUCAGCUACCAGCUGAGUGGAAUGGUUAAGUUUGUUUUGUGUAAGUGUUUGUUUCUUUUGUUGAUUUCUUUGUCUUUUUUGAGUUGGUUAAAUGUCUUGUCUUUGACAGCAUUUAAAAAUGGGAGCAGGUCCUAUCAGGUGCAUCUUAAGGUUAAUGUAGACUUUCUCCCAGGUCCAGCCCAUUCAGUAGUGACCUUUGAUGGGUAUGCUUACUCAGUGUUGUAAGGUUACCUUUAUUGUACCUUUGGUAAGGGUUGAUUUUUAUUCCUGCAAUGCCAGAUGAAGAAACACUAGGCUGGUGUUAGGCUACUUGACUUGUGACAAAUGAGUAGAAUUCUUGUAGCUUAGGGAGAGUUUCAUGCUUUUGCCCUCAGAAGUUGCUUUGGUUAGAAGACAAAUCAGUAAGUUGAGUGUAUUUUUGGUGAGUCUAAAUUCACUGCUUUUAGAAAACUUGUGAUGAUUACAGUGUUAUAAAAAACAGUGAUUACCAAUUUUUUUCAGUAUUUUAUCUGUGUUUCUGAGUAAGGAAAGCUGGAAGUCCAGAUAAGCAACUCAAGUUUGUUUGUUCUACUGGAGUAAGAUAAAAAUAUGUAGUACGAAAAAGGUCAAUUAACCGAUCAUGAAUUACAAAUUAAAUGGACUUUUGAGAAACUAAAACUAUGCAUUAAGUACAUGUUGUUAAUAUACAAUCAACUCCAGAGAGAAUAUCUUCAAAAGUACCACUCCCUUAGUUCUUUUAGAAGGGCAACUUUAAUUUGUGCGUUCAUUUUUCUUCUAAACUAUUUCUUUUGCACUGCUCGGAAAUCUCGUUGGACAAAUUGAAUCUUCUCUGAUAUACAAUAAAAUAGCGUGUGGUCCUGUUAGAUGUAUGCUGGAAGAAAAAGUUGCAUCCAAUAAUUAUGAUAAGAGCUACUUCUAACAAUAGGUACUGUACCUAUUUAAAAGAAGUGAGAAGGGAAGAGCUUCUGGUUUUGGAAGAGCUGUGCCCCUGAAAAAGAUGUAGAACUGUGCUGAAUAUUCAUGAUGGGUUUGAGUACCUGUUCACUGUAUACAGAAGCUAAAUAAUAGAUUAAGUAGACUGUUUCCUUGCGUUCAUUCUGAAAACCUUGAAUGAUGUAUGUGGCACUAGUGUAUUGUACUAUCGUGUAUUUUCUGAGAUUCGGUUGGCAUGAUUGAAGCAUUCUAGUUAAUUAGACUGGUUUUUUCAAGUACAGAGGAGCUGUGAAAUUGUAGCUGUUUCUUAGAUGGUAGCUCUACAUAAGCCACCAAAUAUAAAUUAUGCACAAAUCCAUUCUGUCUUAAAUAUUGGAUAAGCUUUUUAUUACUUUUUACAUCAGUGGUAGGCUUUCAAAGUUUUUUUUCAUGUAUUCCACAUAACAUUCUGUGGUUAAUUUUUUUCUGGUGGUUGUUGUAAGUUGUUCUGGUGACUUGUCAUCUCCAUAUGACUAAAAUGUGGCUGAGAUGUCUGGCCUUCCUUCAAACAAUAUUCUAGAAUCAAGAAAACUAUUGAGAAAUCUGUGUUAAGAGAAUACAUCUUUUCUGGUUUUGGUGUGUUGUUAUGCUAUUUAUUACCACAUCACUUUUGAAGAUGCUUUGGAAUUAAAGCUAAUGCUUAAUUUCUGGUAAUGUUAUUUUGAAAGCUGAAUAUUUUAAAGGAUUUGCAAUAUAAUAAGCAUCUAUCUUAAUUACUGAGAUCAAAGAUAGAAAUAUGAUGGCUUCACCAUCAACAUACAACUAAGAUGCCUCAGGUCAAUUUUAUUGGUGGAUAGAGAAGGAUGAUGGCAGGCAAUAACCAGUUUUGCAUUCGACGUUGGACUACCAAGAACGUGGCCAAGUGGCUGAAGGAAGAAGGCUUCUGUGAAUAUGUGGAUGUUUUGUGCAAUAGACACAGGCUAGAUGGAAUUACGCUGCUGACACUUACUGAGUAUGAUUUACGAUCCCCUCCUUUGGAAAUCAAAGUCCUGGGGGAUAUCAAAAGGCUAAUGUUGUCCAUACGCAAACUACAGAAACAACAUAUUGAUGUUCUAGAAGAGCUGGGUUACAACAGUGAUAGUCAUGUUGGCACAGCAUGCCCAAGUGUUGGUUCACUACAGGGUACAGAUUGGUUUUGUAAUGGUGAAGUACCUCGGGACUGUGAUGGACCAAUUACUGACCUGAACGGUGAUCAGUACCAAUAUGCAAAUGGAAAAAACAAACACUCUACUCGAAGACUGGACCCAGAGUAUUGGAAGACGGUUUUAAGUUGUGUGUAUGUCUUCAUAGUGUUUGGCUUUACAUCGUUUGUUAUGGUUAUUGUACAUGAGCGAGUACCUGACAUGCAAACAUAUCCACCUCUACCAGACAUAUUUCUAGAUAGCGUCCCUAGGAUACCAUGGGCUUUUGCUAUGACUGAAGUGUGUGGUGUAAUUCUUUGCUACAUUUGGCUGUUGGUUCUUCUGCUUCACAAACACAGAUCUAUACUUCUGCGAAGGCUGUGCAGUCUCAUGGGGACAGUAUUCUUAUUACGUUGCGUUACAAUGUUUGUUACCUCACUCUCUGUGCCAGGCCAGCACUUGCAGUGUACUGGAAAGUUGUAUGGCAAUGUUUGGGCAAAACUCCAGCGGGCCUUUGCCAUAUGGAGUGGCUUUGGAAUGACUCUGACUGGAGUACAUACAUGUGGAGAUUAUAUGUUCAGUGGCCACACUGUUGUCCUGACCAUGCUCAACUUCUUUGUCACAGAAUAUACGCCAAGGAGCUGGAACUUCUUGCACACCUUGUCCUGGGUCCUGAAUCUCUUUGGAAUCUUCUUCAUUUUGGCUGCACAUGAACAUUAUUCUAUAGAUGUCUUCAUUGCCUUUUACAUCACUACAAGACUCUUUUUGUAUUACCAUACGUUGGCUAAUACUAGAGCAUAUCAGCAGAGUAGGAGAGCAAGGAUCUGGUUUCCAAUGUUCUCUUUUUUUGAAUGCAAUGUUAAUGGUACUGUUCCCAAUGAGUAUUGCUGGCCCUUUUCAAAACCUACUAUACUGAAAAGAUUGAUUGGCUGAAGAGUACGGGUCAAUUCAGAUUUUUAUGAAUUGUUAUGACUAAGAUCCUACAAGGCUAGCUGAAGGGGGGAUGUAAAGUAACAUUUUUCACUCCAUGAUCAUCUCCUCCUUGUCUUGUUUCUUAGAUUCUUAGCCAUAAAAUGGGGUUCCCAUACUUCACGGGGAUGUCUUUUGUUUUCUUGUUGCUAAAAUAGAAAACAGUGCAGGGACCGGUAAAGGCUAUCAGUGAACCAUGAAUAUAAACCAGAAUAAUGUUACCCUUAGUAAAGUUCUAUGUGAAUGUUUAUGUAACUUCAACCUCAAAUACGUGCUUGUACUGAAUGUAAUAUACACUUUACAGGUCCAAAUAAUCUCUGUUACCUGACAUGCCAGCCUUUACAUAUACUGACUAAAAAAUUAGAACUUUAUGAAGACUUUCUUUUACAAGUCAUAAAUGUAAUUUUCAGAACAAAUUCUGUGUAUACUUAAGGAUUGAGGAGUACUGUGUCAUACUGAAGAAAGCAGUAUAGUUCCUUGCUAAAAGGGUCUCUUAACUGUUAAAUAUCAAGUCUUAAAGUAUAAUUGACAGUAUAAAUGGUCUGCACACAGGUUGCCAAAAAUGAAAGUCUGCCUUGUGGCUAUGUGGCGAUGAUGUUUUUUUUAAUGAGAGCUUAUUUAGUCUAGUCUAUCAGUUGUCUAUAUGGUUGUUCUAGCACUUGGAAGUUUUCCCUUUUGUGUUUAAAUAAAUGAGUUAAAGUAAAUGCUACAUCCACUGAAAGUAAAGUUAAUUUAGCUUUAGUGAGUUUAAAGCCACAAAAUAACUUUUGUGUGGUUUUAAUUGCUUUAUACCCAAACCUGUGCAUGUUUUUUAGGAGCAGCUCUUUAACAUUGGAAAAACAGAACAGUUAUCUUCAUAUAAUCUUACUGUCCCAUAAAUGGAUGGGGAAAAUGCAUGUAGUAACUCUUUCAGGAAAAGUAAUAAUAGUGAGUAUUGGAAAUAGUGCUCAUAUUAAUGUAUGUUUUAGCACUCUGGUGUCAACAAUAUGGUGAGUAUCUCUGGAUAUAUAUACACAGUAUAUUUGUUUAUAUAUAUAUAAACACACAGAGUAUAUGUUCUUCUAACAAGUAUGAAAAGAGACUAGUUCUCAAUUUAAGUUGCUCGUUUACUACACUGAAAGAUAAAAGUACCAUAAGCAGUUGAGUUUUGGUUCUUUAAAAGAAAAAAAACCCAACACACAACAAAACACCCCCCAAAACUCCAAACCAACACUUUGAGUCCGUAAUGCAUAAGCAAGGGUCACACAGUUGGCGAUCUCUUACACAGUGGUUUGUAAGGGGACAAUACUAAUGUUGGCUGUAGAGACUUGAAAUUAGAUUUAUGCUAAAUGAAAACUGAUAGGUAAAAGGUGCAAAUCAUAAAAAUGGUAUAGACCUUUUAAUUUGGUUAAUGCAAUUUCAGAACAGGUGGUAUGUGCAAAAGCUAGCGUAAGUCAGCCUUGGAAAGUUAACAUGAAGCAUUUCCAGCGUGGUACAAGCUGACUUAAUGGUCACAAUGCACUUAGGUUUGCAUGGAAAAGAAUCCCUUUGGAAUUUUGCAAGACAGUUUUGUAUUUGGAGGCUUGUAACCUACUGUGGGCUACUCCUCACUGUAUUGUGUUCUUUUUAUAAACCUGGAUUGUACUAACUUGACUGUCUCUUCGCCCUUCGUAGUAUAUUACUUUUGUAACUUCAUUUAGCUCCUAUUCCAUGGAGGAAUUGUGCAUCUUAGAGUAUCUCUGCCAACUGUAUUGAGCACACACAUAUUGUACGAUUCUGCAGACUUUUAUAUUUGUAACAUUCCAAUUUUUUAGCAAAAUUGCAGGUUUAAUACUAUAUUGUUCAAUCUGCCAUAGCCUGAUGGUUCUUGCCAUCCAAAUUGGGGGAGUAUGCUUACACUUAAGAAAAAGGGAAAAAUAUUCUGAAAGAUUUAAAGACUUUUCAUUUUCUGUUCUUACCUUUCGGAUUUCAGAAAGGCAAUUUGAACAUUCCUCUUGAGACUUUAUAAUCAAAGAGCUCUAUUUGUUAAUUUAUAUUUGCCUUUGCAAUGCACACACAGUUAUGAAUGCUCUUCUUUUAAACUCUAGAAAACAUCUCUUCUCAGGAUAUGCAGGAUUGUAUUCUGAGUUAUAAUGUGGAGAGGUAUGCAAUUAAACUUGCAAAGCUGUUGAUUCUGAAAAGAGCCAUGUCACUGCUAACUGUCAUAGCUGUGUCUAAACCGAAAAAUUAUUUUGCAACUUAGACCUGCAGGAGAAUUUUCAAGUACAGCAUAGUGUAACAAUGUUUACAUAAAAUAAAGCUAUCAUUUCAAUACUAUUUUUUUAACAAAUGAAGUUCAUAUACUUUGAAACAUAAGGCUUCUCUCUUUGUUCUAAUUUAAUUUUUCAAAUUCUGUUAAGUAAAUCCAUGGUUUAAAUCAGCAUUGCUUAUCAGUGUUUUUUAAAGGAAACGUUCUUUUGUGCUGUUUCCCUUGAUGCUAAAUACCUGAGUCCAGGAUAAGUAAUAUACAGAGGUUGGGUUUGUGAGCAUUGAAGUGGGUUAAAACAUUGUCAGGAUAAUUGUCCUCCUCUGUUUUGGAAGUUCAUUUUGUCUGUCUAGAAACAUGCAAGAGGAAGGCUUGAAAAUGAUAGAAGAUAGAAAAAUUGAUGUCACAUGAAAAAGAGCACAGGUCAAUCUGUAAAGUUGGUAAUGUAAGCUUUACUGUUAAUUAGGUGGAAACAAGUUGCGAGUAAGUGACAGGCUUAAAAUUCUGUACCUCCUUUUUAAAGAGUCUGUGUUUUAAAAGCAUUUUGCUGCUUCUCUGCUAUUGACAAGCACUUUUAAGUAAAGGCAGCAGAGCAUCAGGCCUUGGAUUUAAUGCUAAGUCUGUUUAGGGUUGUCCUUCUCUCUUAUGUUCAUGCACCAGUCUUUUUACCGUCCUUUAACUUGCUGCACUUACUUUGUGCCAAGUCAUCUUCUGUGGUCCAUGGGAAUGCACACAUAAUCUGAAUUCAGAGUAAUGAAUGAAUGACUGUGUUAUGUCAGCAAGUACAAGUGUCUAACAACAUUGGUCUACUACUACAAAGUGCACAAACUAAUAAAGUAGGAAAGUCUUAACUGAAUAACUCUGGAUAUACAAAAGAAGGGGAAGGAAGGUCACUUUUUUUGGUAGCUUAGCAAUUCUGGUAAUGUUUGAGACUUGACAAUGGUCUUGAGCUCUUCCUUACUAUUACAAGUUUGGGGAUAUGUAUGCACAUACGUGCAAGUGAUAGACACAUAGGCAUUCCCCUCCUCUUUUUUUUCUUUGUUUUUUUUGUUUGUUUGGUUGGUUUUUGUUGUUGUUGUACCUUAUGACAUAGCUUCUUAUAAUAGCUUUCCUAAACUUUUUGCCUUUAGUUUUUCCUUUCUGGAAGAUCCCUUAAUUUAGUGGGUUUAUGACAUUACACCCGCAUACGGAAAUCAAACUUUCAUAGAUGUGGAGGUUUUUUAGCAAGUGCUGAUUACACUGACAAAAACUUAGGGAAGGAUCUUUAAGCAAGGUUCCUCCAGCUGUUCUUGAAUAAUGAUAGAGAAAGCUUCCAUAUAUGCAAAUUAUCUUCAUGUACUCUGUCAAACAAGAUAACACUUAUACAAAGUGUUGGUACAGAAAUGUAGAUAGGCCUGAAGUAUUUAAAUGUCUGAGACUAGCAAGAAAUGGAUCCUCUAAGUAUACUAAUUGUGAUGAAGCAAAUGAUGUGCUUAACUUUUAAGCAAAUCACUAAAUCCACUUCAGUGAGGGGUUACCAUUUUAGUUUAAGCGUUUUCUUGGAUAAGGCCAAGUGCAUGCUCUGCGUGGUGUACUGAUACAGUAAGGAGAACGGGUAAUGUCACUUCGUUUUUGGUUUUCCCUGAUAUCUGCCGACCCCCCCCCCCCAGCCCCCAGCUACUAUAGAAGGAAACAUUCCAGUAGAAUUUUAAAGAAAUUACUACUUAACUGGGUUCUGAGAGAAAAAAUCAGUACAAAAAAUGCAUUGAAAUAAAACUUUAAUACUUACCUGCUUUUAAGAAGCAAGAGUCAGUUAAAUGAUUUGGAGAAAAAAAAAGUUAUUUUUUGAUGGCAAUCAUGUUAAGUAAGGUUAUUUAGAAGUAUUGAAACCCUUCAAUGAGGAUAAAAGCACAGGUUCCUAUAAUCUUCUUUUCUGUACAGCUGUGUGUCAUGUAGUGCCAAAAAGAUUAUUGAAGGGAAAGAGGGAAGGGUUGAACUCAGACCAACAGUUAAUAUCUUCUUGGUUUUUUUAAGCAGUGCUUGCAUAUGUAGUGCUACACUUGUUCAUUACUAUUUAGCUAGUUUUUUGAUGUAUGAAAGUCCACUAGGUUUUCAAGCACCAAAACUACUGUGGAGCUGAGUCUUAAUCAUUAAAUACGCAUUUGAAGAAAUAGCAGAUGUCUUAGGGAAAAAAGUAGGCUUGUGAACCUGGAGUAGAACAACAGUAACCUAUAACAACUAUGAUAGUUUUUCAUCCUGUCCAGGUAGUUUCUACUGAAGAGUUGGAGAGGAUUUGCAGUAAUCUACAUACAAUACUGAUUUUUUUCUGGUUUUUUUUUGAAUAAUCUAGGAUACUGUUAUAGAAAAUUGACCUGUAACUACAAAAACCAUUAUAGUCUUGUCAAGAUGGAAGUGUAUUUGGCAGAAGUCCUAGCAGUGAGCCAGCUUAUCCUCUGAAUUGUUUUGUGCUUGUAGACUUCUAUCAAUCAAGGGUUAAUUGGUAGACCACUGAUGAUUCAUACAGAUUACUAUUUCUGAUGUAUUUUUGACAUUGUCACUAUUCUAAUUGAAAUAGUAUAUUGGGGAGGGGGGCAGUCCUUUGGAGUGAACCUACUGAUGUCUUCAUUAUAUGAAGAAAAAUGUGGGGAAAAAAAACCCUUCACAACACCUCAAACACCAUAAUAUUAUGAACACUGAAGUUUCUGUAUAGCAGUGUCCUGCAUGCUUACAAUUUGUAUUUAAGACAUUUGCAGUGAGUAUUAUGUACAUAAUUGUGACAUGCACCUUUUUAAAGCCAGUUUGUAGUAGGUGUGUAAGAACUCAAGAUGAUGAAUGUGGAGCACAAUAACCUAACCUGUUAGCCCAGUGACUGUGUAGUUAGAAAGACUGUAACUUAGUUUUGCUCUUUCAAUUCAGUUUUGUCAAAUAUGAGAAAUUUGUCAAAUGUGAGAAACCACAAACUGCAUUGUACAUGGUACUUAACAUAAUAGGGAUGUAGAAACAUGGCUUUUCACACUGGACAUUACUUCAAUUUGGUUCUGACAGAGAAAAUACUAUUACCUAAUGGCUAGAAGGUAUGCCAGUGAAGUUUGAAGUGAGUACUGUAAAUAAGUAAAUAUUGUUUUGAUUCUAAACUUAGAUUGAAUUAAUAUAUUGUUUUAUAUCUUUGUUGUAUUAAAACAUAUUUAAAAGUACUAAAAUAAAAUAUUUGAAAGAUGA